GUACAUAGAGGAGAAAAAGCAGAGGGAGGCCACCAACGAUCCAGCCGAUGCGUUCAAUGGGGGACUGGGGGACUUGGUGGGAAACUACAGACAAUGGGUGGUCGUCGUGGAGCACUUCGUCCUCGUCUUCGCAUUGGCUCUGGACUACUACCUCGUCGUCAAAGGUGCUGAACGGGCCAGACUGCAAGAAGGUGGCAUAGCCAACUCGGCCAUUGACCGGGUCGAGCACUUACUGUUGGCUAUGGACGACCAUGCAGCAGCUGAUGCGGGGCCAGAAGUUCGCUGGGCCCUGUGCAGACUGCUGCAACGUGCGGAAGAAGCCACCAACAGCAUCGACUGCCUUAUGGAGAUACUACUUCGUCGACUUCGCCCUCGCGGUGUUUGGCCAAUCAUCAGAGUGCCACGAACUGAGCUGGAGCAGUGGAGGCGCUUUAAUUGGAUCAGACAGUACACGACGGUGUUCACCUCCACCCUGGAACGCCACUUGUCAACGCCGUUGCAGCCGCAGGAACGUCUAGAGUCCCCACCCCGCCCGGCCCCUCCGAUCACUGCUUCUGAGCUACCAACACCCCCCUCCUCUUCUUCGGGACCUGCGCCAAGAAGUGAUGCAGACACAGGGGUGAUGGCCGUGCCCGACACAGGUGAUGAUGAGGGUGUCAAGGACGCCACCUGUGAACCUCAACUCUUCCGCUACCACCGGCAGCUCAGCAGUCUCCCUCCCACCGCUGGGACCUCAGACAACUCGUGCUCUUGCGGGGGAACUUUUGGGAAUCUGGACAGAGCCUUCUUCCACCUCCUCUACGACCUUGGCCCCCUCCACUUCAACGACGUCUGUGGUAUGCUCGGCUACCUGGACUCACGCUUCGGAGCACAGCUCGUCGUCCUCGCCUACUGUACCAACCUGGAGUACAUUGCCGUGUGGUACUACCUCGCCGUGUUGGACUACUUCGCCGUGUUGGACUACCCCACCGUCCGGGAGUACCUCGUCGAGCUGGACGCCCACGCCAUUCUCGCCUCCUUCUCCGUGCUGGACCACCCCGAGCAAUGGAACAACCCGGUAUGUGGAGUGCUCGCCUGGUUGCCUUGGAUUAAGGACAUCGACUACCACCUCCUCCGAGGAGGCUACAACACUUGCUUCGGCUACUGGGAGUGGCGAUCGAGGCCCAGAUCUGGGAAUGCAUUGCCAGGGAAGCGUGCUUUGGCAGUGGGGAGUCGACUUCGGGAACCACACAGGAAGUCCGUGGACUUUGUGCUCUUCUUCGUCCUGGCCUUCCGUCAACAUUGGGGGACUUGUGGGAUGUCCUGCCAGGUGAAGAACGACACACGGUCGUGGGGCUCCGACGUCGUACUUGGCAACACACGGUGCGGCGCCUCCAUGAAGCUCAUGGGCAAGUGGUUCCAGCAGGGCGAUGGCCGUCGGAAAAUGACAGGGAACU